AUGUAUAGUUAUAUUGCACGGCAACAGAAGCAGAGUGACUGAAAUACCAGUUAGGCUGCUUCUUCGCCCUUGGUCUCUCUCUUUGAAGCAAGCAACAAUGGCGCUUCCAUCCGCAUUCCAGGAACGGCUCCACCACAUGGACCGCACUCGAUGUGAACGCCUCUCUCUCCUCCAGGCGGAGAAAGAGUUGCAAGCAAACAAGUCUCGCGUUUUGGCCUCCAAGCUCGCCAACAUCAGAGCCACCGAACAGAGAUGCUUCCUUCUCGAUCACAAAAUUGCUUCCCAGAACUUCAACCUUCUCUCUCUCACUUCUCAAAUCCACAACCUCGAAGCCAAAUACGAUUCCCUCUCCCAAAUGUUCAGGUCGAUUCAGAACGAGGUGGAUGAGCUUGAGGAGUUGCGGGAAAAGAGGGAUAGGUUUUACGAAGCUAAGAUGGUGGAAAUGAAGCAAUUCAAGGAGGUUGCUGACGAGUUUGUGGUGAAAUGUCGAAGGGACGUUCAGGGUUUGAGGAAUAGAGUAAAUGAGUUGAGGUCAUCUUUCAUUGAACUGAAAGGUAACAACCAGAAUUCAUGUAAUUCGGAGAUAGCUAUGGCAGAAAAGAGAAGGUUGGAACUGCAGGCUGAAAAGGAGUGUGUUUAUAGAAACUUGGCCUCUAAUCAGCAAAUAAAAGCACAGUUGCAAAAGCAGCUUCAGAAUAUUUUGAUUAAACAGACUCGAGAGAAGAGAAAGUGAAUAGACCUAGAAUUUGUUACUACCUAGCUAACUGUGAUCGGAAGAUGCUUCUUGGGGACUCACCACCUCAUUCUAUACAAAAAGGGACAAGAAUCAUGGCUUGCCAAGAUUGUUAAUUGUAAAGAAAUGCAGUAAGCCAGUAAAUAUCAGUUUUGUAACAAAACACAAUCUACA